CAUCUCUUAACUAACCACAAACUCUCACUUCUCUUGGGAAUAAACACAAACACCUCCCGUGCAAUACACCAAUGGAGGAAAUACUAGCAUUCUCCGACGCCAUGGACCUCGGAUGUGGCAUCGCGUUGCCGAUGAUGAUGAAGGCCAUGAUCGAGCUGGACGUGCUGGAGACCAUGGCAGCAGCUGGGUCCGGCGCUCUGCUCUCGCCGGAAGAGAUAGCGUCAAAGAUCCAAACCAGCAACCCUGAUGCCCACGAGGUGCUCGACAGAAUGCUUCGGUUCUUGGCCGCGCACAAAGUGAUGAUGUGCGACGAGAUGGACGGAGAGGAGGAUGGGAAGAGCAAGAGGCGCUAUGGACUGGGCCCGGUUUGCAAGUUCUUCACUAAGGAUGAGGAUGGAGUCUCUCUGGCUCCACUCUUGCUCAUACACCACUCCAAGUUCAUGGCGGAUACAUGGCCAAAUAUAAAAGCAUGCAGUGUUAGACAGGGAGUGUCCCAUUUGUGA